AUCAAGCAUUUCAAUUUACAUAUAAGUGCCUUAAAUUUUGCCGCAGACUUUUUUAAAGAGAUUGGCCAUUUUGUCAAGGCAAGAAUGUCGAACGACAGCGUCAGUGCUUCGUGUGUUGGCGUUUCUGCACCAAGAUAUCUUUCCAUCCUCACUACGACAGUGUCUUUAAGUCUUACACUAGUAACURUUCCAGGAAACUCUCUGAUAUGUUACGCCAUUUUGAAAGAUCCAUUCCACGAGCUACGAACUCCGUUCACUUUUCUGAUUCUAAGUCUCGCGAUGACAGACCUCUUGGUUGGAAUCUUAAUGGAUCCUAUAUCGACAGUAUUCCAUCUUAGCGAAGCACUCAAAAUAGAACUCGUAGAUAUUCGGGUCCUCCACAUAUCUUACUUCAUUCUGUCGACAGCUUCGAUCCUCUCUUUGGGUGCAUUGACAAUCGACAGAUACGUUGCUGUGAUCUACCCUCUGAAAUACAAAAGCUAUUUGUCUACAAAGAAGUGUAUCUAUCUAUCCUUGGUUAUUUGGCUGGUAUCRAUAGGACUUAGUAUGGUUUAUUUUAAAUUUGGGUAUAUAUUUUACUCUUUAAUUUUCGCCAGUACCGCUGUUCUUCUAACUUUUCUGGUACUAUUGUUCGUCUAUGUCAGCAUCUUCAAUCGUCUUCGUAAACAGGUAAGGUCAUUAAGCCGUCAAAGAGCUUCGAGCACACAAGCAAACAGAGUGAAUAAAAAGAAAAUCUCCAGUUUAAAAUGGGAAGCGAAGGUUACAAAGGCUUUGGUACUAGUCUUACUCGCCUAUAUUCUCUGCUUCGCUCCAGCAUGCAUCAUUAUUUACGUCCUAAACUUUUGUACGAAAUGCAACUGCGAGUUUAUUCACUGGCUUAGAGACUUGCAGUUUGUAAUUGUCCUACUAAACUCUGCGAUUAACCCUUAUUUGUACGCUUGGCGUAUGCCGCAGUUCAAGAAAGUUUUAUUUAAGUUUUGUACGUGGCUUAGAUCAAGCAAGAUUGAUUCCUGYGAAGUGCCAGGGACGACGUCCAAAGUGGACAACUUGAAAGUGGAAACCGAUGAAGAAAAUUCACAACGCUUAAAGCGAGAAGAAGGAAGCAAAAAUGUCACUGUUACUGUAAGCAUCACUUUGUGAGAAAAGGGAACUGGCCAAAAUAGCAUAUGAACACACUGGGUAUUUAGAAUCUAAGAAAAGACGAUGCCGAAUCAGUGUCCUUCCUGCGCAAUUCAAAAAGACUGAGAAGAAGAAGAAGAAGAAGAAGAUGAAGAUGAAGAU